GCUGAGCUGCGGCUCUCCCUUGAGCCCCCGCCAGCCCCCGCCACUGAGUGCUACAGCGUCUGCUGGACCCCGCUGCGCCCCGAUGUGAUGCUGAAGGAUUGCUUCUCCAUGGCCAAUGUCUCCUGGUAUGGAGGGGCGAGCAUCCGCGCCCAGCGCUGGCCGCUCAACAGCGCCGAGAGCCGCACACAGCCCUUCGUCAGCGGUGACUUAGGCAAAAACCCCACUGGCUACGGGCCUGUUCUGGAGAGAUACUUUUUAGGCUCAACAGGCGUGACGGUGACAGUGGCACCUGAUGUCCCCCUCUUCCUCUCGCUGGAGAGCAACAGCCAUUUCUGCCUGGAGACGCCAGCGGGUAGAGCCGCCGUGCCCCUGCGCUACCUCCUCUGUGUCAGCCCCGAUGUCAUGGCCGCCCACCGGCACGUGGGCAGCCAGCUUGGCGGGCAGGCACGGGCAAUGCCAGACACAGCCCUCCUGGGGUUGCCGAUCUGGCGGUACAUCGGCCCAGCGGGUUCGGCAGCCAAAAUAAAGCGAGGUUUGAGGGCGCUGAGCAAGAGGUUGAAGCGGCAUCAUCUUCAGGAGGGUGUCCUGGCCCUGGGGGAGCACUGCACCGCCGCCCUCGCUGCCACAGACAACAUACCCUGGGAGUGGAGGAAGAGGCGUGAGUCGCCCCACAACUGGGACCCCUCCUUGAUAGCACCGCUGCGCCUCUCCAUCGCCCUGUCCCCCUACACCAGCAUCGCCUCCCCGCUUUUCCUGCGCUCACUGCGGGAUGCCGAGGCAGCGAGCUACUGGCUGAGCCUGCCACCCCGCUUUGGGGGCUGCUCGGUCCCAAUGCUGACUACGUGGAAGGGGCAGCUUUGUGCCCGUCUGAACGUCACCAGCGAAGCAGCACUAAGCUGGUACCUGGCCCGUGCCCGGCGUCUGCGGCAGGCUCUGGGGGCCACGUACGUGGUCUUUGAGGGUGCAGAGGGCGAUGCCUUCCUGGAGCAAGGUGUCCCACCUCCUGCUGAGCUGGCGGGCGACCGAUACACCGGGACGCUGGCAGCGGCACUGGCGACACUGGGAAAUGGCACCAUCAUCAGCGCUGGUGCCAGAUCCAGCCAUCUACCGCUCUUUGUCCAGAUGAGCCCGCUGCGCUCAGACUGGAGCCAUGAGGGGCUGAAGGGGGUGAUUCCCUCUGUGCUGCACUACAGCCUCUUGGGCUACAACUUCUUCAUCCCUGACGCAGUAGGAGGGAGCCUGGACAGUGAUGCCCCGAGGGACUUGGAGCUGUACGUGCGGUGGCUGCAGAUCGUGACGUUCCUCCCCGUGAUGGCCUUCAGCACGCCGCCCUGGCUCUGCUGUGAUGCCUGGGUCCUGAAUCUUACCCGGCAAUGCAUACAGAGGCACCGGGACUUUGUGGUGCCACUCAUCCUAAAAUACAGCGAGGAAUGGCUUCAUUUGGGCUACCCUAUCUUCCGGCCAGCAUGGUGGCUCAGCCCCACGGAUCCAACUGCUUUUACCAUUGAGGAUGAAUUUCUCAUUGGAGAUGAGGUUCUGGUUGCCCCAAUAACAGAAAAAGGGCAAAUGUGGAGAGAUAUUUACCUGCCUGGAGAAGGGCACCUAUGGAUGGAUACCAAUACUGCCCGCGUGUUUGACGGAGGCACCAUCCUCAGGAAUUACUCCGCCAGCCUUGCAGAGGUGCCGGUUUUCGUAAAGACCUCCUAA